AUGCCGCUGGAAUACAUCUAUAUCUGCAGGCAUGGAUUCAGAUCCAACUGGGUCGAUCCAAGCAUCAAGACCGGGCCGACGGGGAUGAGCCGUGAUCCUCCUCUCGCAGCAUACGGUCUCACCCAAUCCGCCCAGCUUGCGGGAUUCCUCUCUUCCCCCGAAGCGCUGGCGCCGCAUCCGGUACCCGAGAAGGUAUUCUCGAGUCCCUUCUACCGGUGGGUCAAGCUGGAACAUGGGGUGAUGGAAUGGUACUCCCCCGCCCGCCCAGGAACAGGUCUUCACCCCCGCCCGUCCUCGCCCAAAACCCUCUCCCCGCUCUUCCCAGACCAGCUCGACCUGUCUUACGAUUCCACCCAUUUCCCCUCGCGCAAGGGCGAGCUGAUCAGAGAUCUGCAAGACCGGGCAGAUACGUUCAUCGAGGCGUGGACGGGGAGGGUGGAGGAGAUGGGCGUCCGGAGCGUGGUGGUUUUUGGGCACGCUGCGAGUGUGAUUGCGCUGGGGAGGGCGUUGACAGGUAACAAGUAUCUGGACGUCUCGGCGGGAUGCGCAUCUUGUUCGCUAUACAAGCGCAAGACACCGUCCACCACAUCUACACCUGCAUCUGCAUCUGAGAAGGACUUGCCGCCGUGUGGUGUUGGCGAGUGGGAGCCUGUGUGGCUGGGCCGGGCUGAUUAUCUGGAUAACGGGGUAGAACGGGACUGGAGCGUGAGCACUUCUCCAUCAGAUCGGAGAUAG